CGGAACGCGCGGUCGCAGUUCUAUUCUCUCGUGUUCAUCAUCUUGUCAUUCAUCCUUUGACGGUACGGCAAAGAGUCUGAGACAAUUUAAGAUACAAAAAAAAAAAGAACAACAAGUCAGCUUAAUAAAACAAAACAACAUAAGAAAGGACAUUUCGCUACAAAAUACUUUUCAUGUUGUCUUCAAAGGCAACAAAUUACAUAAAAUAUAAAACCGAAAAUUAAUAAGAGUACGUGUGUGUGUGUGUGACAAAAAGCAAGAACAAAAAUCCAUAGAAAAUUCCAAAAGGCCGAUGAAAAAGAGUGAAUGAGUGAGUGAACGCUCGACACGAGCGAACAUUUUGUUUGCCUUUGCCAUUUCCUUCAUCAACGAGGGGUGGUGGUGCAGUGAACAAUUCUAUGUGUGCGUUGAGUUUGUGAUGUGUUAAGGUGCCGUUUUUGUUGUUGUUGGUGUGUUCAUAGAAAUCACGAGGCGGCGGCGUUCAACAGACAAAAAACAAACAGUUAUUCACAAAACAUCAUUUUGAAUGAGUGCGUGUGCCUAUUUGUAAAGUGUUAAACGGUUUAAUUUGUUGUGUUUUUCUCCGGUCGUUGUCGGCACAACUCCCCCGUAUUCUGUUUCGAGUAUUUUUCGCAUUGCCUCCUCCAGCACAUCAUCAAUUACAUCUUAAGCAUUGUUGUGGCUGUGUGGCGUAUUUAUAUUUUAGUAUCUCAGUUUGUGCACUCACUUUCAUUGUGUCCGUCGUGUUGGGUAUCGCAGUUUGUUCUUCGGGCCCACCAACAUUGUACUCUGUAAUUGUUGUGCGCUUGUAGGUGUGUGACGUGUGGUGUAAGACGAAGAAAACCCAGACAAUAACAAAGAAGCGAAAGAAAACAAAACCAAUAAGAAUCCUUAGAAACAGAAACCAAGAACGAAGAAGAUUUUCGAUUGGAAUUCAAUACUUGGGAAGAAUUUUUAUCCAUUAGCAUCAACAAAAUUACUUCUAAAACUCUUUUGGGAGCGAGUUAAUUUCCUCGCAAAACACAAUCAAAACGCAAAAAUGCUACAGCAACGAAGACAAAUAACACUGCCUCGACUCUUGGUGUUGGGGCUGUAUUUUGUGAUAUGUUCCAUUAGAUCCGGCAACAGUGAGGUCUAUACCGCUCUGGCGGAAAUGGAGGAGCUACUUGAGACUGAAACCGUAUUAAUAAGUAAUUUAGAGGGUUUUAUAAAAGUUCAACAAGAGAAAUUGGAUUAUCUUAAGACAAAAAUGCUUGAAUACCAAAGAGAACAUGCCGAGGCAGCUAUGGAUGUUACGACUUAUGUGUCAAAUCCUAUCAAUGCAUAUUUACUAACAAAACGUUUAACCACCGACUGGAAGCAAGUGGAGAAUCUUAUGGCCCAUGAUGUGGGUGCAGAGUUUCUGGGCAAUAUUUCCAAUUUUCGUUCGAUAUUGAAGUUCCCCUCUGACGAAGAUCUUAAUGGGGCGGCAGUGGCAUUAAUGCGUCUGCAGGAUACCUACAAUUUGGAUACAUCCAGUUUGGCCCGAGGUGAAUUGAAUGGCAUACAAUACAGUACUGAAAUGUCUUCGGAUGACUGUUUCGAAUUGGGUCGACAAUCGUAUGUUAACCAUGAUUACUAUCACACCGUACUAUGGAUGAAUGAGGCCAUGACUCGUAUGCUGGAUGAACCCAGAAAUCGUUCUCUGGCCUUCUCCAAGGCUGACAUUUUAGAAUAUUUGGCCUUCUCUACCUACAAGCAGGGCGAUGUGGAGAGUGCACUCAGCAUGACAAACGAGUUAUUGCAACUGCUACCCUCACAUGAAAGAGCCAGUGGCAAUAAAGUUUACUAUGAAAAGGAAUUGAAAGAGCUGUCAGUGAAGAAAAAGGUUAAAGGUGAUGAUGGUACCGAUGAAACUCCCAAAUCGGAUUUGCCCAUUUCCAAAGCAGAACCCUCUGUCUAUGACUACACUGAACGCAAAGCUUAUGAAUUAUUGUGUCAGGGUAAAUUAAAGCCCACUGCUGAACAGUUGAGAAAUUUGCGCUGUCGCUAUGUGGACAACAACAAUCCCUAUUUGAGAAUUGGUCCCAUGAAAUUGGAAGAGGCUUCCAAGGAUCCCUAUAUUGUGGUCUUCCAUGAUGCCAUGUUCGAUUCAGAGAUUGAGAUUAUUAAGAAAAUGGCUAGACCACGUUUCCGCAGAGCUACUGUGCAGAAUGCCAUAACUGGAGAAUUGGAGACUGCCAAUUAUCGUAUUAGCAAAUCGGCUUGGUUGAAAACGGAGGAACAUCCUAUCAUACAAAAUAUUGUUUUGAGAUCGGAAGCCAUGACUGGUUUGGAUAUGGUAUCGGCGGAAGAAUUGCAGGUUGUCAACUAUGGCAUUGGUGGUCAUUAUGAGCCGCAUUUCGAUUUUGCCAGACGUGAAGAAGUUCGUGCCUUCCAGGGACUAAAUACCGGAAAUCGUAUUGCUACGGUUUUGUUCUAUAUGAGUGAUGUUGAACAAGGUGGCGCCACUGUCUUCACUGCCAUCAACGUUUCGGUGUGGCCUAAAAAGGGUACAGCGGCUUUCUGGUAUAAUUUACAUCGUUCAGGUGAAGGUGAUUAUAGGACCAGACAUGCAGCGUGUCCAGUUCUAACCGGCUCAAAGUGGGUCUCGAACAAAUGGAUCCACGAAAGCCGACAAGAAUUCAGACGUCCCUGUGAUUUGGAGCCUGAUAAUGCCGAAUUUGCCGUAUAGUGCAAUUCCUCACACUGUAUAAUCUUUAAUGUAUUUUAACUAUCGUCGAAUCAAAUUUCCAUUUUUCGCAUCGCAAAUUGCCUAUCGUAAAUAACUCUCUAGGAUUUUAGAAAAUUGUUUAUUUGCGUCAUUUUCUUGCGUACCUUUGCAAUGCAUUGAUUUAACCACAAAGGCUGAUAUUUAAAGAGAAGAAAGCGGGGAUCAAGGGAACGAACGAACAAACUAUUAGUUGAGUCCACAAAUGCAGAAGGAACAAUUUGUUGAAGGUGAACAUAUGUGCUAUAGUACGGUGCGGAUAAACAAAUUUUUCGUUGUUAUCAAAAUUUUGUUGCCGCUAAACAUAAGAUAUGCCGCAAUACGAAUGCUGAACAUGUUUUUGCUAUCCACAGAAGUGAUAAGCCAAGUUCAAAACCUUCUUGGUCCUUCGAGCUCUUUAUAACCGCAUUCGUUUGCUUUAAAUAUGGGUAUUGGAAAGCAUAACGAAAGUU